CAUCAGCUAGCAUCAGCUAACGCAGCUAGCAUCACCUAGCAUCAGCUCCUGAGGGUCACGUGGGCUUCGCUCCUCUGAAGGCUCAGAGAAGGAGCAGACCAUGAGGAGAUGAAUUCGGUGAAAGUGGAAAUAGACCAAAGUGAGGAGGAGGAGGAGGAGGAGGAGGAGGAGUGUCCUCGGCGUCCUGCUGAAGGAGGAGCAGCACCGAAACGGAUCAGCCGUCAGUAUAAACUGCGUCAUAGCUGUUUGGAAUGCGGCCGGUUGUUUUCCCGCCCGUCUCGGCUGGCCGACCACAUGAACACGCACUCUGGCGUCAAACCGUACAGCUGCUCUGUGUGCGGUAAAUGCUUCACCAAGAAGGUCAACGUGGCGACGCACCAGCGGGUUCACACUGGCGAGAAGCCGUACUGCUGCCCGGACUGCGGGGCGAGCUACGCCCAGCCGGGCUGCCUGCGCAGGCACCGGCUACGGCACGCCGCCGAGAAGCCCCACAUCUGCUCGGCGUGCGGCCGCGGCUUCUUUCAGCGGCGGCAUCUAGUCCAACAUGAGCGGACGCACACCGGAGAGAGGCCCUUCUGCUGCCCGCUGUGUCCCAAGAGCUUCGCCUCCAGGACGGGGUACGCCGGCCACCAGAAGACCCACGCAGAGGGGAACCUCUACCCCUGCUCCUUCUGCGACAAGGUGUUCUCCACAGCCUCCUCCAUCAGGGACCACGUGAGGCUCCACACAGGACAGAAGCCUCAUCGCUGUUCGCUCUGCAGCAAGAGCUUCAACCGGCCCGGCCUGCUCCGGAAGCACCUGCAGACACACGCUGAGGGCAAUGACCCGCUCAUUGGAGGAGCAGCUGGAGGAGCAGCUGGAGGAGCAGCUGGCAAAGAGUUCUGGCUCAACAUAAAGACUGAGGAGGACGAGGAGGAGGAAGUUCUGAACGGGAAGGACUCAGAGGACCUUCCUACCAGACCGCUACCUGGUAACCACGGUGACCAGGACGUCUCUCUACCUGGUAACCACGGUGACCAGGACGUCUCGCUGAAGGCUGAGGAGGAGGAAGGAGACGUCAGCGGUUUGAUAAACUCUGAUGGAGAGGAAGAGGACUGGAGACCGCUGAGCGAACAAGAUGGCGGCUCAGAGGUGGAGGCCGACAGCAGCGGCGAUGGGAAAAGGAAGCACUGCUGUCCGGUUUGUGGUCGUGACUGCUUCAAGGCGUCGUCGCUGCAGAAACACCUGAGGAUCCACUCCGGCGAGCGUCCGUUCCAGUGCCCCACCUGCAAGAAGAGCUUCACCCAGCAUGUCCACAUGACGGAGCACCUGAGGAUCCACACCGGGGAGAAACCCUACACCUGCACCGACUGCAACAAGAGCUUCACCUUCUCCAGCGCCCUGCGCCGGCACCAGCGGGUUCACACCGACGCCCGGCCGUUCCAGUGCUCCGUCUGCAGCAAGACCUUCAAACAGCAGAGCUCCUUAAAGAGCCACCAGCGGACGCACUCGGGAGUCCGAUACCAGUGUCCGCUCUGCAGCAGGAGCUUCAGCCGCGCCCUGGAGCUCAGCUACCACGUGGACAUGCACUCCGACACCCGGCCCUACUUCUGCACCGUCUGCAAGAAGAACCUGAGCGGAGCCCGGAUCUUCAGCAAGCACAUGAAGAAACACGAGGCUCAGACCGGAUCUUCAGACACCGAGGUCUGACGGAGAGGGUCUGCAGAGGAGAACCAGAGGAGAACCAUCUGAGGAGAACCACCAGAGGAGAACCAUCUGAGGAGAACCACCA